UACACACAAAAAUAUAAACCCAGGACCUUAGCCUUCUUAAGAAAAGAAUAAAGACAGAGAAGAGGAAGAAACACUGAAUUCGAAACUAAAACACAGGCCACUCCCUUCCUCUCUCUCUCUCUUUUAUCUCCACUAUCAUUUACAGACACUGAGAGUGCAACCCUUUACUCAAUUUUCUUAAAUGGCUUCUUUAGUAUCUUCACCAUUUACGUUACCAACCUCCAAAACUGACCACCUUUCUUCUCUCUCUACAAAGCAUUACUUUCUUCACUCUUUCCUCCCCAAGAAACCCCACCAAACCAACCCAUCAAAGUCCUCCAUUUUAAAAGUAAAAUGUACUGCAAUUGGCAAUGGCCUAUUCACGCAAACCAGCCCAGAAGUUCGUAGAAUUGUCCCAGACAACAAACAGGGCCUCCCUACAGUCAAAAUUGUCUAUGUAGUCUUAGAAGCACAAUACCAAUCAUCACUCACAGCCGCAGUCCAGGCUCUCAACCAAAACCAGAGGAACGCUUCCUUUCAAGUUGUUGGUUACUUGGUUGAAGAGCUUCGUGAUGAAUCAACAUAUAGAGCCUUCUGUAAAGACCUUGAGGAUGCCAAUAUCUUUAUUGGGUCUUUGAUUUUUGUAGAGGAGCUUGCUUUGAAGGUUAAGGAUGCUGUGGAGAAAGAAAGGGAAAGACUUGAUGCAGUGUUGGUGUUUCCUUCAAUGCCUGAGGUAAUGAGACUCAACAAGCUGGGGUCUUUCAGUAUGUCACAGCUGGGACAGUCAAAGAGCCCCUUUUUCCAGCUCUUUAAGAGAAAGAAGCAGUCUGCUGGGUUUGCAGAGAGUAUGUUAAAGCUUGUAAGGACUUUGCCUAAGGUUUUGAAAUAUUUGCCUAGUGAUAAGGCUCAGGAUGCUAGGCUUUAUAUACUUAGUUUGCAGUUUUGGCUAGGAGGCUCACCUGAUAACCUGCAAAAUUUCUUGAAAAUGAUUUCUGGGUCUUAUGUGCCUGCCCUGAAGGGGAUCAAGAUUGAGUAUUCGGACCCGGUUUUAUAUUUGGAUAGUGGGGUUUGGCAUCCUUUGGCUCCUUGUAUGUAUGAGGAUGUGAAGGAGUAUUUGAAUUGGUAUGAUACUAGAAAGGAUGCUAAUGAGAAGCUUAAGGGUCCAAAUGCACCAAUUGUUGGUCUGAUUUUGCAGAGGAGUCACAUUGUUACUGGGGAUGAGAGUCACUAUGUGGCUGUGAUUAUGGAAUUGGAGGCAAAAGGGGCUAAAGUGAUUCCAAUUUUCGCCGGUGGGCUUGACUUUUCAGGGCCUGUGGAGAGGUAUUUGAUUGAUCCAAUCACGAAGAAGCCGUUUGUGCAUUCAGUGAUAUCACUUACUGGUUUUGCACUUGUCGGGGGGCCAGCCAGGCAGGAUCAUCCCAGGGCUGUUGAGGCACUGAGGAAGCUUGAUGUGCCUUAUAUUGUUGCAUUGCCUCUGGUAUUUCAGACAACUGAGGAAUGGUUGAAUAGUACCUUGGGGCUUCACCCAAUUCAGGUAGCUUUGCAAGUUGCUCUGCCAGAGCUAGAUGGAGGCAUGGAGCCCAUUGUUUUUGCCGGUCGGGAUCCUAGAACAGGAAAAUCACAUUGUCUGCACAAGAGGGUGGAGCAACUUUGUACUAGAGCAAUCAGAUGGGGUGAAUUGAAGAGGAAAUCAAAGGCAGAGAAGAAGCUAGCAAUCACAGUCUUCAGUUUCCCUCCUGACAAAGGAAAUGUUGGAACAGCAGCCUACCUUAAUGUCUUUUCAUCCAUCUACUCAGUUCUAAAAGAACUCCACAGGGAUGGUUACAAUGUUGAGGGCCUACCAGAGACUUCAGAAGCCUUAAUUGAAGAUGUAAUUCAUGACAAAGAAGCUCAAUUCAGCAGCCCAAAUCUGAACAUUGCUUACAAAAUGGGUGUCCGUGAAUACCAAAGCUUAACUCCCUAUGCCACAGCAUUGGAGGAAAACUGGGGAAAACCUCCUGGGAAUCUAAACUCUGAUGGAGAGAGUCUAUUGGUAUAUGGUAAACAGUAUGGUAAUGUAUUCAUUGGGGUUCAGCCUACAUUUGGCUAUGAGGGUGACCCGAUGCGGCUGUUGUUCUCCAAAUCAGCUAGCCCACAUCAUGGCUUUGCAGCAUAUUACUCUUUUGUUGAGAAAAUUUUCAAAGCUGAUGCUGUUCUUCACUUUGGCACUCAUGGAUCACUUGAAUUCAUGCCUGGAAAACAGGUUGGAAUGAGUGAUGUCUGCUACCCUGACAGUCUGAUUGGGAAUAUUCCCAAUGUCUAUUACUAUGCAGCUAAUAACCCAUCUGAAGCAACAAUAGCAAAGCGCCGGAGCUAUGCCAAUACCAUCAGCUAUCUGACUCCCCCAGCAGAAAAUGCUGGGCUAUACAAGGGGCUUAAACAGUUAAGUGAGCUCAUCUCCUCAUAUCAAUCCCUUAAAGACACUGGCCGUGGGCCACAAAUUGUGAACUCUAUCAUCAGCACGGCUAAACAAUGUAAUCUUGACAAGGAUGUGAAACUCCCUGAUGAGGGAGAGGCAAUCUCAGCAAAUGAAAGAGAUCUUGUGGUUGGAAAGGUAUAUUCCAAGAUCAUGGAGAUUGAAUCCCGCCUUUUGCCUUGUGGGCUCCAUGUCAUUGGUGAGCCUCCAUCAGCCAUGGAAGCAGUUGCAACUCUGGUUAACAUUGCUGCGCUAAACCGUCCUGAAGAUGGAAUUUCAUCACUCCCAGAUAUACUAGCUGAGACUGUAGGAAGAGAUAUAGAGGAAGUCUAUAGAGGGAGUGACAAAGGAAUUUUGAAGGAUGUAGAGCUUCUUCGGCAAAUAACUGAAGCAUCACGUGGAGCUAUUACUUCCUUUGUUGAGAAAACAACCAAUAAGAAGGGCCAAGUUGUUGAUGUAGCUGAUAAACUGAGUUCAAUCCUUGGGUUUGGUAUAAAUGAACCAUGGAUUCAGUACUUGUCUAACACAAAAUUUUACAGGGCCGAUAGGGAAAAACUUAGAACAUUGUUUCAGUUUUUAGGAGAGUGUUUGAAGCUGGUUGUGGCUGAUAAUGAGUUGGGGAGUUUGAAACAAGCAUUAGAGGGAAAAUAUGUGCUUCCAGGGCCUGGUGGUGACCCAAUUAGAAACCCAAAAGUAUUGCCAACAGGAAAGAAUAUUCAUGCACUUGAUCCACAAUCUAUUCCCACAACAGCAGCAAUGCAGAGUGCAAAAAUUGUGGUGGAGAGGUUGAUAGAGAGGCAGAAGGCUGACAACGGGGGAAAGUAUCCUGAGACAGUAGCACUUGUAUUGUGGGGAACAGAUAAUAUCAAGACCUAUGGUGAGUCCUUGGCUCAGGUCUUGUGGAUGGUUGGUGUGAUGCCAAUUGCUGAUUCAUUAGGUCGAGUGAACCGGGUGGAGCCAGUAAGCCUUGAAGAGCUUGGAAGGCCUAGGAUUGAUGUCGUUGUUAAUUGCUCUGGAGUGUUCAGAGAUCUCUUUAUCAAUCAGAUGAAUCUCCUGGACCGGGCAGUAAAGAUGGUAGCCGAACUAGAUGAACCAGAAGACCAAAACUAUGUUAGGAAGCACGCUCUAGAACAAGCCAAAACCCUUGGGAUUGGUGUUCGGGAAGCUGCAACUCGGGUUUUCUCCAAUGCCUCAGGGUCCUACUCCUCAAACAUAAAUCUUGCUGUGGAGAAUUCUUCGUGGAAUGACGAGAAGCAGCUACAAGACAUGUACUUGAGCCGAAAGUCUUUUGCUUUUGAUAGUGAUGCCCCUGGUGUAGGCAUGACUGAGAAAAGAAAAGUUUUUGAGAUGGCUCUGAGCACAGCUGAUGCCACAUUCCAAAACCUUGAUUCUUCAGAGAUCUCACUCACUGAUGUGAGUCACUACUUUGACUCAGACCCAACUAAUCUAGUACAGAACCUGAGGAAGGAUGGGAAGAAGCCUAGUGCAUAUGUUGCAGACACCACCACAGCUAAUGCUCAGGUACGGACCCUUUCUGAGACUGUGCGUCUUGAUGCGCGAACAAAGUUGUUGAACCCCAAGUGGUAUGAAGGAAUGAUGGCUAGUGGAUACGAGGGUGUUCGUGAAAUUGAGAAAAGGCUUACUAAUACAGUUGGGUGGAGUGCAACUUCUGGCCAAGUUGAUAAUUGGGUGUAUGAAGAGGCCAACUCAACUUUCAUUCAGGAUGAGGAUAUGUUGAACAGGCUAAUGAGCAAAAAUCCAAAUUCCUUCAGGAAGUUGGUUCAAACUUUCUUGGAGGCCAAUGGACGUGGGUACUGGGAGACCUCUGAACAGAAUAUUGAGAGAUUAAGGCAGUUGUACUCAGAAGUUGAAGACAAGAUUGAAGGGAUUGAUAGGUGAACUGCAAAUCAACUGUGAGAAAGUUUGUAAAGUGCAAAUACCAAAAACACUGAUAAUUUCCUUGAGUUUCUCUCUGUGUAGGGUACAUUGCUGUAAUUUUGCGCAAUGUAUGUAAUGUGAAUUUUUUUAUCCAUUGCCUAGUGUAAUUUAAUUCAUUUUCGGGGAUACA